AAUGGCGAACUCCGCACUUCGAUCGCGGCUGGUCCGCAUAUUUGUGGAUGGAUUGUGCCUAUUAUUUGUUUGGCUGGUGGUGAUCAUCAUCAAGUUGGGUGAUAUACAGCCAUUCAGAAGAGGAUUUUUUUGUGAUGAUCAGAGUUUGAUGCACCCAUAUAAAGACGACACCAUUACGAGUACCGCACUGAUUUUCUGUGGGCUAGCAGUAAUUGCAGUUAUUGUAUUUUUCACUGAACUUGGCAACUUUCUCGUAGCAAGAAGUAAAAGAGUGGACUUGCCAACAUUUCAACUUGGGAAAUUCACCAUCAACUCCUUGUUAUGGAACUUGUACAAGUAUAUUGGUAUCUUUGGCUUCGGAGCUGGAGUCUGCAUGUCCUUCACCGAUGUUGGAAAGUAUUCCAUUGGCCGGUUACGACCUCAUUUUCUGGAUGUUUGCAAGCCUGACUUGUCGAAGGUGAACUGCUCAACAUAUGUGGAGGGAGACGUGUGCCUUGGAACAGGGGCCACAGCCUAUCAAUUAAAGAAUAUGAGGCUCUCCUUUCCUUCUGGGCAUUCAUCGUAUGCAAUGUAUUGUGCAUUCUAUGCAAUGCUCUAUUUACACUCACGUGUGCAAUGGAAGGGCAGUGUACUACUGAAACAUCUUGUUCAGGCCGUUGUGAUGAUUGGCAUGUUCUGGAUAUGUUUAUCACGGAUCUCAGAUUACAAGCACCACUGGAGUGACGUGCUAGGUGGUGCUGUGAUUGGCAUUGCAACUGCAAUUGCUACAGUUUUUGGCAUUUCUGACCUAUACCGCCACCCCUUGGAGAUAACUCUUCAGGAGCAAGUUAACCGCCAGAAGAGUGGCUACCUCAGCGACUCUGUGUACCCGAGGAAUGGCUCCACGUCUGUCGAGAAUCCAGGUGCAAGGGAGAGUGAACUAGAGGGUGUGGCAGUCCAUAAGGUUUGGAUAUGACACUUCGUAUGCUGGUAUUGGAAAAGCAAGUCGGACUAGCUGGUCUCAGUUUACUUCUAUGCAGAUUCUUCGUUCAAUCGUCUGAUCUUGAUAAACAUGUUUAUUGCUUGUGUUCUGAGGUUGUGCCAACUAUGGCUCACAAUUUCUUCUUCAGUUGGUGUUUUCUAGGAUUCACCUCUGGGCUUGUUGCUUUCAACUUGGCAAAUGAUAUUGAAAUACUCUGCCUUGAUUUGGCGACUAAUCACCACUGGUUCAAAACUCACCAUUUUUAUAAAGCGCUUCGUGACAAAGUUCCUUUUAACUGCUGUCUGAUAAUGAGAUUAUGAUGAAUUUGCCAGUUAGAGAGAGAGAGAGCACACAACCUGGACCUGACAUCAAAUGGCAAUGGCACAGCUGAGUACAUGUAAAUUAACAUGUGCUACUUGCUGUUGUCCGAUGAUUCCUGAAAAUGACAUAAGGAUUGAGGUCCUUGGUAUGAAAAGUAGCAAAAACAUUUCAUCUGAAUAUUAUGAUAUUUCUAUAUUUCCAGCAUUCCAUUCAUUUUAUAUAACUUCUAUGAAUGUGUUGGAUAAAUGAUUCUGAUGUUAACAGAGUCCUGGAGUUCAUUCAGAUAGUCUGUACAAUCAUCAUCGUCAUAACAGAGGAGUGAUCUUUUGUUGCACAUAGCAGUGAUUAUAAUCGCAGGUCACAGUGACAAAAAUUCCUCGUUUGUGCUGUUCGUUGGUAAAAUUUUUCCAAAAUUUCAAACCGUCGACAAAACUUGAAGAAAAGGAUGAAACAAUUUUGAAAAAACCUCAUUAUGAAUAAUAAUGAUAUUUUUUCAAAAUUAAGAAUGGGACAUUGCCUGUGUGAAUGAACGCCAGAGAUGAUGGGGCCGAUUGCCAGUAUCCUAAUCAUGUCCUCUCUUUAUUAUUCCAGUCUGCCUCCUAUAACACUUUUAAAAGCAAUUAAGUAUUGGUAAUAUUUUGUAUUUUGUGUAUGCAUUCCGCCUCCGGACAGAAUUAGCUUCCCCACAUACCUUGUGGUCUUCCCUUUCUGCCGCCUUCACAUGAAAUUUCAAAAUUUGUGGUAAAAGAAUUGGUGUUGGUUGGGCAAGAGACAUUUAUGGUUUGGUUCACAAGUUUGCAAUUGACCAAGGUGUGGAUGGGGGAAAUACAAACAAAAAAUCAACAAACUUUGUGUUUGCUACAAGAUGCUGAGCAAAGUGGCAUAUUGCCCUCAUUUUCACCAUUGCCCUUGAAUUUUCAUGAAAUCCAAGAGAAAUAUUCUGAAUGUGCUAUAUGCAACAUUUCCCAACAUCUUGGAGGAAACUAUAAAAACCAUUUGUCUUGCUUUCAGAACAAAUUUUCAUGAUUUAUCUGCUACAAUUGUUAAAAAUCUACAUUCCACAAAUUAGUUGGUGUUGGGGACGACACACUUUCAUACUUAUGAAAUAAGUUUGGUCACUUUUAGCAUUCCUGUGGUGAUGGAAACCUACCGGCCUCAAUUUGAACAUUCCACAACAAUCCUCCUCUGCCGAAAUUGUUAAAGGGGUACGCCGUUCAUAAUUACUGGUGGGCCAGGAAAAUAGAAAUGCAGUUGUACACAAUGCCGUUGGGUAGUGAUCAUGCAUGCAACUUUGCUGAAUCUUGUUAUUUAUAAUAUUUGUACAACAGUCUAAACAUCAGCAUUGUUAAAAUUCAUAUUCAGUCCGUAUCUACACUAUUUGAACAUUUUAAAUUCAAUUUCAAAUUUAUAACGGUGUAUGCCUUUAAGUCAGUAUAUACUAGUAUUACUCUUGAGAAUGUUAUACAUGCAUUGCUUAGAUGAUCCCGCCUUCACCUUAUAUAUCAUGUACAUUCCUAUUCACUUUUUGAAAUCCUCUAUGCAUCUUUUCAAUUGUGAUAAAGUUCCUUUAAGUGCAAUAUGAUGAGGGGCCACACUUCAAGGGGUACGCAGUUCGUAAUUACUGGUGGUCCAGGAAAUGAAAAAAAAAGCCAAUAGACACAAUGAUGUAGUGCAUUUAUUAUGCAUACAAGUUUGGUGAAACUUGGCAUUUAUGAUAUUUGUAUAACAUGUAUAACGGUCUACACAUUGGCAUUGUUAAAAUUUCUAUUCAUUACGUAGGAAUACAAUUUGAGGCCUUUAAGUAUUAGGCACAUUUUCCCAGUUUUCAGGGGCUCUUCCCAUGGCUUCUAUGCAAAAAAGGUAAACAUGUAAGGUAAGAUGGUACAAUUAUAACCUGUGUGUGCAUUAUUGUGUACUGCCAGCUAUUUGGGCUACAAUUUUACUGGGGCUAUAAUUGCACCAUUUCAUCGUACUGGCAACUGCACGGGGCAUGAAUGGCCCACAGAAUUUUGACCACCUCUCAGAUGUAUAUGUACUGAAAGUUUGGUCCCGAAUGAAAAGAUUAUAAUAGAUGCACACAUGAUGUCAUAGACUAUGUGCAAUGUAUGUGUGAAAGCAAGAUUUAGGUAGAUUCAGUCACGUUUUUGCUACAGGCCACGUGGUUUUUGUUCUUGAUUUAUGUGAUACCCAAGCUUGAAUUUUGGACUUCAAAAGCAAUUUAUCUGAAAAGUGCUUCGUAUAGUAAAGAAAGCACUUUUCCCAUUUGUCUUAAAACCUUUUUUAAUUUUUUCAAUUUCAACCCCCCCAACCAUAACUUUUUGUGACUUAUUCCUGUAAACCAAGAAAUAUGAAUUAUGUGGCCUUUAUACUGGUCACAAAGUUGGGAACUCAAAGGACUUUAGAAAUUGGAAAUCUGUUAUAUCAGAGGGUUUUCCAAGUCCCUAGUCAUGAGGUUCCAAGUCUGUUGGUGGUGCAUCUAACAGAGUUUGUAAAAAUGGACCAAAAUGAUGGUCAAGCUGAGUCUGAUUUACAUAUAGGCAAGUUUUAAUGUUAAGUUAAUAGUAUUUUAUCUUGCCAAAUUUUUUGUUGUUGAUCAGAUGCAAUGUGAUAACUUGAAAACACAUUAUGUCAUUUGAAUGAUGCUAUUGGCCAAAGAACAAUUGCUUGCUUGAAAUAAGGUAAAGGAUGUGUAUAAAAUGAAGGAAAGGUGUCAUCACGUUUAGGUCUAGGAAAGCUUCAAAAUCUCCAUUUGCUUUACUGCGUUUUACAUUCUUUUAAUGUGUUUUGGGCAGAAUUUCUCUAUUUGAGAUUUUUUUAUUUGAGAUAUCCAGCUAUUGGCUUGCCAAAAAUUGGUCAGGGGUCCUUAUGCUUGCUUACAGGAUGACCCAAAAAACAUUCAUGAUACGACAAUAUAUUCGAGAUUGUUGAUGUAAGGGAAAUACGAAAAAGUAGUGUACAUGUAGCUUGAUGAUUACUCUUUGAAAGAAGUUUUAUACUGUGAACCCAAAAAUGUUCGCUGCCAUUUUUUUUCCGGUUUUGUGAAAAUUUUUCCUAUUUGGAUUUUUGGCAUUUUGACAACCCGGUUUUAACAAUAAUUUCUGUUAGAUUUUCUUUUUCAUGCCAAUAUAUUUUCACGAUAAUCUGUAAAAGCAAAACAACGCGAAAAUAAAAGGCACAUGAAUAUUUUUGGGUUUACAGUAUAUGCAUGGAUGAAUGAACAGUUUAUAAGAUAUUCCAAGAACACAUUGUGAUAUUAUCUUGCAAUACAUUACAUUCUUGUAUCACAAUAUUCCUGGUGGUCAAUAUUUUAUGACUUUACAAAUAAAUUUAUCUA